GAGGAGCUCACCGGCGCCGCCCUGUGCGAGCCCACGCUCGUCCACACGGACAACCAGCCGGCGCAGCGCGUUGCCGAACACGCCGCCUCGCGCAUGCGGCACAUCCUCGUCAAGUACCACUACAUCCGCGAGUGCGUCGACACCAAGAGGAUUGUGCUGAGCUACCUCGCCACGGAGCACAUGAUCGCAGAUCUCCUCACGAAGAUCCUCCCUCGGCCCAAGACGGCUCAGUUCUGCACGAUGCUGUUCGACCAGCGUCCUCUGCCAGGCUGCCAGCCACGGGCCCGUCCUCAUUCGGGCCGGUCGCCACGUCCUUCGACUCCGCGUCAGGACCUCUGA